AUGACCAGAUGGCUAACACUCUGGAUCCCACAGGUCAACAUUCCCAAGACCCGUAACACCUACUGCAAGGGCAAGGAGUGCCGCAAGCACACCCAGCACAAGGUCACCCAGUACAAGGCUGGAAAGGCCUCCCUGUUCGCCCAGGGUAAGCGUCGAUAUGACCGCAAGCAGUCCGGUUACGGUGGUCAGACCAAGCCCGUCUUCCACAAGAAGGCCAAGACCACCAAGAAGGUUGUCCUUCGAUUGGAGUGUGUCAAGUGCAAGACCAAGCUCCAGUUGGCGCUGAAGCGAUGCAAGCACUUCGAGCUUGGGUACGUGAACUACUGGUACUUCCAAAUUGCGACAAUACUAACAAUGACUACAGUGGUGACAAGAAGACAAAGGGUGCUGCUCUCGUUUUCUAAGUGCUUUGUGUUUGGGGUCUCAGGGUCACCAUUUCUAUGCUUACCUCGGCGGCAUUUGGGCAUCAUGGAUGGACACAGGCGAAAGGAGGUACACGCUCUCGGUUUGAGGCAUGUUUCAUAG